UUCCUCCCGGUAUUCAAACUUCGACGACAUUAGCGAAUGCUCUAAUGGACAGUCGAGACUCCGGCAACCAUUCAAUUACCCCCGCUCUGCGGACUGGGGACGUUCCUCUGACCCGGCGUUUCUUCUCUCCUGCUCCACUCAGUCCAUCUGUUCUCCGAAUUCUAGCAAUCGAGGCUGCGGCGACGCCUACCGCCGGCGAAUGAAGAAGAGACGCUACAGCCAGGACUUGAAUUUUGUUAAACCCUCAAAACACGCUGUCGAUGCUCUCUCCAGCUUGAAUCACUGACUAUAAGAAACGCAGAACAGAAGAGGAGAACGACUGCUUAGAGUACUUUUUAAUCAUGUCAUAGAAACUUCGGAGCUACGAUGGUGCAGUUCAUGAGGAAAGGGCAGUUGUUUCCAGAGCAGGUCGCAUCACAUGGCUUCAAGUUGAGCAACAUCUAUCUAGUUGAGAAAUCUAACCUCCGGCUUCUGCCUCAUUGUAAAAUUGGAGCAACAUUUCAUAUACGGCGUAAGUUUCAUCCGCAGGUGACGACUCAGUUCUGUGUCAAUUCGACCAUCUCAGAGGCUUACAGUUUACUCUUGAACACCGGCACGGAUGGCGCGUCAAAAACUGAGCGGAGCAGGAAUAAAUUCUUUUUCAGCAGAACGGCGGAAGGUCACGAAUCACUGGAUACUGAAGAUGUCGGCGUGUCGGCUAACGAGGUACCGUGUUUGAGUGAAAAUCAACGAUGGAUUAUCGUGAAGCAAAAAAUUGCUGGCCUCCUGUCCAAUGCAGAGAAACUCUCUCAGGGGAGUCCGAAAGUUAGGCACAGCUUAGCAGUUGAUUUUGGUGAUGUCAAAACCGGUCUCUCCAUCAGCCUCAAAGGAUACGCUCCUCGACCUUUAACUGUACUUCGCUUUCGUGGGGACAAACUUAUUGAGCAGCUGAUGGAAGUCGCUACUAGAGAGAAAGUUGAUGAAUUUAUUGUAGGCCUGCCAAGAACGUCCGAUGGUCGGGAAACAGAACAGUCAAACAAGACUCGAAGCUUUGCAGGCAGGCUUGCCGGCCAAGCUGCUCUUAGGGGCUGGAGAGUAUACCUCCUAGAUGAAUAUGGAACCUCACGAGAUGGAUUGGAUUACAUGCUGGAGAUGGGUUUGAAGAAACGCUUUCGAAAGGAGAAAAUUGAUGCAUACGCUGCUUUGAUUCUUUUGUCUUCUUAUUUCGGCAGCAAGGGAGCAGGAGCACAGCUUGUGGUGCCAAAAGGAUUAGCCGCUCAGGAGCAGUUGUGCCUAGGUAGCAACUUCCUUGUAGAAGAUAACGUCAAAAGUUACACAGAUUAUGACUUCGAUGACGAUGAUAACUAUGAAUAUUACGACUGAAUCACACCGGAUCUGGAUCGUGAUAUAUAUGCUAAAGCUUCAAUGUUCUUCUUCCAAACUACGUUAAUUCUAGCAAUAAGAAGGUUUGAGGUCUCUCUAAUCUCUUGUUGAUUCAUUACAAAGUAAGAAUGUGGCCACACGUCAACUCUGUGUAGUUAAAUGUAGUACCCAAGUGGAGGUCACGUAUAAGGGUGUGGAAAAUGGUCAAUGCAGUCAGAUUCGAAGCAA